AUGUCCACAGGUAUAUACCUAACUGAUUUGACAUUCAUCGAGGAAGGCAAUCCUGACAAGCUGCCUGGUGGACAGAUUAACUUCAACAAGCGACGUAUCUUUGCCGGGACCAUCACACAGAUUCUCGAUUACCAGAAGAAUGAGUACAAUUUCACUGUCGUGAAUGGUCUGCGAUGGCAUCUCACGCACCUGUUCUUGUCCUGGAAUGAGGACGGGUUGUAUAAACAGUCUCUAUUAGUCGAGCCGCGCCAAAACUAGGCAGACAUAGAAUACCAGCUGAACAAGGGCAUGAUGCAUAAGCAGUCGUACAGUAGGGAUACAAAGAACGUGUGCCAAUUCGGUACAUGACCCCAAUAUAUCGAGUAUAUGAUGAGCAUUUAUUUAAAAAUGAUAAAUGGAGGUCUCAACAGCCAAUCGGAAUUGUCGAAGUGGGGAUUGUCACACCUGCCAGUUCGGCACGUCUGCCAAUUUUAAUCUGAGCUAUGGAGAGGACGUAUACACAGUAUCCGUAAAAGUAAAUCCAUAGUUUGUAAUUGUGAUACCAUUAAAUCGG